CUUUUCAAGUUUCAGUCAGUUUUGUGAUCUUCAAGCAGCCUCAACAUGGCAUCUGCUAAGCUGUUUCUUGUCGUAGCCAUUUUGGCCACCUUCUCUCUCUCCGUGAAUGCUGGUUUUCUGGAUUAUGUUUUUCCUACCGUUAUGUCGGAAUUCUAUAGCCUGGCACCUACGAAGGAGGGUUAUCGUUUUAACUUGGAAGAACCAAAUGGCAGCAAACGUGAGGAAAUCGGUGUGAUAAUGAAUCCUGGCACCGAGGACGAACAGCUCGUUGUCAUGGGUAGCUACACGGUUUACGAUGAGAAGACCGACACCGAAACGAUCACAAUGUACACAGCCGAUAAGGACGGUUACAAGCCACGCUACAUGAUUAAGAACCGCAAAUUGAGCCCCGGUGCUUUGAAAUCGGCCGCUGGAUAAGCAACCAGCUGCUUAGCUACUUUAUAUAUAAUAUAUGUUUAAUGAUAAAAACUUGUAAAUUUAAAUUAAAUUGUUUUUAUUUUUUUUUUCAAAAGUACUUUACUGUUAAAUACUCAAAUAUUUACUGCCAUUUUUGUACGAAAUAAAGUUUUUAAUUGUAAUUUA